GUUCAGUAUGCAGCAUUCCAGCUAGGGUUCUUCACAGAGAGCGAUGCUUAAUAGUUGCUAUCUGGUGGUUUCUACUUUUCUGGGAAGCAAAUGAUUCAUGUGAGCAAGAGAAGGGAAAGGAGCAGAUAGGUGAAAAGGAGCUCCGUGUGUAUAUAAGAGCCUCACAUGCUCAUGAGACACCUGUAGGGGACAGAACAAAAGGGAAGAAGAGAGGCGGAGGAGGCAUCGAGGCAGUAGUAAGCCAUCAAGCUGUAGCAAUGGGGAGGCCUCCCUGCUGUGACAAGGUUGGCAUCAAGAAAGGACCAUGGACUCCUGAGGAGGACAUCAUCUUGGUCUCCUAUAUCCAAGAGCACGGCCCUGGAAACUGGAGAUCAGUUCCUUCAAACACCGGCCUGAUGAGAUGUAGCAAGAGCUGUAGAUUAAGAUGGACAAACUACCUCAGGCCUGGAAUCAAACGUGGCAACUUCACUCCACACGAAGAGGGAAUCAUCAUCCAUCUGCAGUCCUUGCUUGGAAACAAAUGGGCAGCCAUAGCUUCUUACCUUCCCCAGAGAACAGACAAUGAUAUCAAGAACUACUGGAACACACACCUCAAGAAGAAGAUCAAGAAGUCCCACACAGCUACUGAUGGCUACAACAUGUCUUCUGGCACGAGCCCCAGCUGUCAUGACUACAUGCCCGAGGGUUAUGACAUGGAAACGAGGAAGCAAGACAUCACCGUCCUCACGUUCCCACUCCCCAGUAUGCGCCUGACACCCCCUAUCUAUGCCUGCAGCACCGGGAACAUCUCCAGGCUUCUCGAAGGAUGGACGCGUUCCUCGAAGAAGAACACCCAAGGGAAGCUGCAAGAGCGUGCCAUUGCUGAUGACAGCCACAGCAGCAACAAUGACGCCACUGCAGCAGCAUCGGUCAGAGAGAAGAGUCGAGCUGCGGGUGAUCAGGGAUGCAGCACGGCCAUGACGCAUGAAGACCUCGGCACACUGCUGUCGUUCGAGAAGGUGAGCGGCGGUUCCUGGGAGAAGACCGCCGCGGGGAAGGCGUCCUUCGGCGAUGCUGAAGCCACGCAAGGUGGGGAGAACCACCAACCGCCAUUGUCCUUGUUGGAGAAAUGGCUCUUCGACGAGGCCUCGGGACAGGUGGAUGAGCUGAUGGAUCUCCCUGUUGAUUGCUGCUCAUUGUCCAUGUUCUAACUUUGUUCUGCCAUGCUUUCUUGAUGAUUCCACCAAGCUUUCCAGAAUCAAAAGCAAGUGAAUUAUUACUGCAUUAUACUCACAAUUCUAAAGGAAAACUGUAAGCAUGAAGCAGAAAUGUAUUGCAAAUGUAAACAAAAGGAGAAGUUUAAUUCUUCAUGUAAUAGUAUUAUUGUAAUAAUCAACUAUAUAUAUAUAUAUAUAUGAUAAGGUCAUU